AUUUCCUACUUGUCGAAUAUUAUGGUAAUUACCAAGGUAUAAAUCAGUUGUGCACGCGCGCCACCAACUGUUCAUUGUUUUUCACUGUGAUGUUUAAUAGUAACAAGAUUCGGCGUCUGCGUUUUGGAGGUUCAGAGAUGUCCAAGAAGAUCCAGGCAGGUUCAGUGGUGGAGAUGAAGGGGGAUGAAAUGACUAGGGUGAUCUGGGAGUUGAUCAAAGAGAAGCUCAUCUUCCCAUACCUAGAACUGGACUUGCACAGCUACGACCUUGGCAUAGAGAACCGUGACGCUACAGAGGACCGGGUCACCGUGGAGGCGGCGGAGGCAGUGCGGCGCUACAACGUUGGCAUCAAGUGUGCGACUAUAACCCCCGACGAAAAGCGGGUGGAGGAGUUCAAGCUCAAGCAGAUGUGGAAGUCGCCCAACGGCACCAUCCGCAACAUCCUGGGUGGCACCGUCUUCCGCGAGGCCAUCAUUUGCCAGAACAUUCCCCGGCUGGUGACUGGCUGGGUUAAGCCCAUCAUCAUCGGGAGACAUGCACAUGGAGACCAGUACAAGGCCACAGACUUUGUGGUGCCUGGCCCAGGCCGGGUGGAGAUGACGUACACACCCAAGAGCGGAGACCCUGUCACCUUUGUCGUCCACGACUUUGAAGGCACUGGUGGCGUGGCACUGGGCAUGUACAACACGGACAAGUCCAUUCGGGAUUUUGCCCACAGUUCCUUCCAGAUGGCCCUUUCUAAGUGCUGGCCUCUCUACCUCAGUACCAAAAAUACCAUCCUCAAGAAGUAUGAUGGGCGUUUCAUGGACAUCUUCCAGGAGAUCUAUAAAAAGGAGUACCAGGCCCAGUUUGAAGCCAAGGGUAUCUGGUAUGAGCACCGGCUGAUCGAUGACAUGGUGGCCCAGGCUAUGAAGUCCGAGGGGGGCUUCAUUUGGGCCUGUAAGAACUACGAUGGGGAUGUGCAGUCUGACUCUGUAGCACAAGGGUAUGGCUCCUUGGGCAUGAUGACCAGUGUGCUGGUUUGUCCUGAUGGACGGACCGUGGAGGCAGAGGCCGCUCAUGGCACAGUGACCAGGCACUACCGGCAGCACCAGCAAGGGAAGGAGACAUCCACCAACCCCAUUGCCUCCAUCUUUGCCUGGACGCGUGGGCUGGCUCAUCGGGCAGAGCUGGACAAGAACGCCGAGCUGCGGGUCUUUGCCGAAGCACUCGAGGCUGUCUGCGUCGAGACCAUUGAGGCUGGCUUCAUGACCAAGGACUUGGCUGCCUGCAUUAAGGGCCUGCCCAAUGUCCAGCGCUCAGACUACUUGAACACUUUUGAGUUCUUGGACAAGCUGGCAGAGAAUCUGAAGAUCAAGCUAUCAAGCCAGCCCAAACUCUGAGCUGUUCAGACACCACACACAUGCACACACAGACGUUUAAUCGUUCAUGGACAUACAUCCUCCCAUGCAAGAGAUACACCCCGGAAUCGUUUCAGGAAGAAAACGAUCACAAACACCACAGACGAGGUCAUGACGGGCUCUGUCCAAACUCGAAACUAAAAAAAAAACUAAGCUAAAAUGUCUCUUCUGCUUAUGACCUACUUCCCACCUGGACCCUCCACCUUCCCUGGAGGAAUGCACUUUGACCCAGUAUAACCCAGUUUACCCAGUAUGAAAUGGAGCCCCCCGCCCUUUGGUGCUUUUGGGAUAUUUUUAUAUACUUUCCUCUAAGAAUGGGAGGUACUCUGCUCAGUGGACAGGAUCAUUAGCACUAAGAAGUUUCUAGAAAAACACGUCUGAAAACUCAUUUGUUUGUUUGCACAAACCUUCCUGUGGUCAGUAUAUCAUGUAUGUCUGCCAGGCCUCAAUAGGAGGACCUGCCUGAAACUGUGAAGAUGAAUCGUCUCCCACUGCAGUGUGUGUUACAUUAUUUUUUGUGUAAAUCUGUCAAUGUCACCAUUUCGGGUUUGCACCUAAGAACAAGGCUAUUACUUGACUAGAAACUGGUCUGAUUUCUGCUACUGAUUAGAGAACACUUGUAUGUAAUUAUUUUCUUUGUUUUUAAUAGAAGCUUUUCACUCUACCAUUCUUACUGAAGUUUUUUCAAGAAGCCAUUUUUAAUAGUGCAUUAAAUUGCAAUCCUUAAGUGGUAAACAAAAUAAAUAAGAUGUUGCUGAAA